CUAUCCACUGUUAGACCUAAAUACAAAAAAUGUCUUGAAACACCCUUUUUGCUGUGUGUGUGUGUGUGUGUGUGUGUGUGUGUGUGUGUGUGUGUGUGUGUGUGUGUGUGUGUGUGUGUGUGUGUGUGUGUGUGUGUGUGUGUGUGUGUGUGUGUGUGUGUGUGUGUGUAUAACCACAUCGCCUUUGGCUUUACAUGAUUUGGUGCAAAAUACUGUAGCUACUUUUGAAACAAUGAUAGUUCUCUAUCUUGAUUCUACAUGCACCAUCGGUUUUGCCAGUUUAAUUUACUGUAAGUUUCUCAAUUGGCUGGGAUAUUUUUACAGUCAAAUAGAGUGAAUGUCAUCGAUGAAGUAUUAUCAGGUGAAGGGAAAGUUGUAUAAUGUGAAAACUUAGUCUAUGUCAAACUAUUGAAUGUGUGUGUGUCUAUGUGUGUCUGUGUGUGCACUUGAGUGAAUGUGUGUGUCUGUGUAUGUCUGCACAAGCACCCAGGUCCAGGCUGUGUUCAUUGGACCGGGGCAGCUGAAAGGGCUCUCAGGGCUCAGGAGAAACCACAGUUCUCUCUAGAUGUGAUCUAAAAGGAGGAGCAUCCAGCAGCAGGGCUCCAGAAGAGGUUCUUAAGGGGCAGGUGGCUCUCUCAUUACCUUGUAUUCCUGCAUCACGGCAUCUCCCUCUGUAAACUGUUGUCUAAAUUACCACCAGAUGAACAACACUUACAGACAUCUGCUGCCGCCGGACCUUCGGCUCAAUGAGACUAAUAGGGAGUCUCUGGCCAGGGAAGACCAGCAUGGGAACUGGACCGGCACCGGCAUUGAGCCUGGUCUGUGUGAGCUGGUCCACAUCCAAGCUGAGGUGUUCCUGACACUAGGGAUCAUCAGCCUUCUAGAGAACAUCUUGGUGAUAUCGGCGAUGGUGAAGAACAAGAACCUCCAUUCACCCAUGUACGUCGUCUUUUGUAGUCUUGCUGCUGCUGACAUGCUGGUGAGUGUCUCCAACUCACUAGAGACGGUGGUAAUCGCUGCACUGAACAGUCGGUUGAUAGUGGCGGACGACCACCUUAUUCAACUCAUGGACAACUUCUUUGACUCCACAAUCUGUAUCUCUCUGGUGGCCUCAAUUUGUAACCUUCUAAUUAUCGCCAUUGACUGUUACGUGACCAUCUUUUAUGCCCUGCGCUACCACAGCAUCGUGACAAUGUGACGGGCUCUCCUGGCCAUCGGGGGGGGGCGGAUCUGGCUGACAUGUGUGUCUGUGGGAAAAGUCUUCAUCGUCUACUCAGAGAGCAAGGCAGUCAUUGUGUGUCUGAUCAUCAUGUUCUUCACCAUGCUGGUGCUCAUGGUCACGCUGUACGUUCACAUGUUUCUGCUGGCGAGGCUGCACAUCAAGCGCAUCGCUGCUCUGCCUGUAGAGGGUGUGGUUCCCCAUAGGACCUGCAUGAAGGGAGCGGUCACCAUCACCAUUCUUCUGGGGGUGUUCGUCUGCUGCUGGGCACCUUUCUUCCUCCACCUCAUCCUCCUUAUCACCUGUCCCAAGAACCCACUCUGUGUCUGCUACAUGUCCCACUUCACUACCUACCUGGUGCUCAUUAUGUGUAACUAUGUAUUAGACUCCGCCAUCUAUGUCUUUCGCAGCCUUGAGAUGCGCACAAACUUCAAGGAGAUCCUGUGUUGUUUCAGUGCAACUUGCAGGCUUUUCCACUGUAAAUACUGAGUGUUGUAGUUUUUCCACAUUUUAGAAAUGGCACAGAAUAGG